ACUCCAUGUCGGGCCACCUCGGCAACCAUCUCCGUGCCCCGACGCAGGGGGCCGCGGAGGACAGGGGGCCACAAGGAGCCGCGCGGCGCGCCUGGCUCUCCCGCUACUUCAGGUGUUCCCGCGCGCGGGCCCGCGCCACGCUGCUGCGCCGCGUGCCCGCGCUGCGGUGGGUGCCGCGGUAUCGCGCGCGCGAGCUCCUCCCGGGCGACGUCGUCUCCGGCAUCAGCACGGGGGUCAUGGCCGUGCCGCAGGGAAUGGCGUACGCGCUGCUGGCCGCGCUGCCGCCCGUGCUGGGCCUCUACUCCUCCUUCUACCCUCCACUCGUCUACUUCUUCUUCGGCACCUCCAGGCACAUCUCGGUCGGCCCGUUCGCCGUGGUCAGCAUGAUGGCCGGGGAGGUGACGGAGCGCCUCGCGCCCGACCACAUGUUCACGGCGCCCAACUCGUCAGGCGCGCACGCCGACCCCGCGUCCAACGCCACGGCCGGGAGCCUGGUGGACGAGGCGGCGAGGGACGCGGCGCGGGCACGCGUCGCCACCGCACUCGCUCUGCUCACGGGCGCCUUCCAGGUGGCGCUGGGGCUGCUCCGCUUCGGGGUGGUGGCCACCUACCUCUCGGAGCCGCUCGUGCGCGGCUUCAGCACCGCCGCCUCGGUCACGGUGCUCGUGUCGCAGCUCAAGCACCUGCUGGGACUCGCCCUGCCGCGGCGACACGACCAGGUGCUCGGCACCCUGCACACGGCGCGUGACGUGUGCCGGGGCGUGCUGCAGGUGAACGUGGUCACGGCGCUGGUGAGCCUCCUGUCGCUCUGCUCCAUGCUGCUGCUCAAGCGCGUGGUGCACUCCGUGCCGCGCCUGCGCCGCGUGCCCGUGCCCGCAGAGCUGCUGCUGGUGGUGCUGGGCACGGUUCUCUCCGAGCAGCUGCAGCUGAGCCCGGAUCAUAGCGUGGACGUCGUGGGGCUCAUCCCAUCCGGGCUGGCGGCCCCGGAGUGGCCGUCGCUCGCUCUAUCCGUGGGCCUCGUGGGGGACGCGCUGGCGCUCGCCGUGGUGGGCUACACGGUGGCCGUCUCCCUAGGGAAGAUGUUCGCGCAGAAGCACGGCUACACGGUGGACGGCACCCAGGAGCUGCUGGCCCUGGGUCUGAGUAACGUCCUCGGCGCCUUCUUCGGCGCUUUCCCCAUUGCCUGCUCCAUGUCCAGAAGCCUCCUGCAGGAGAACAGCGGAGGCCACACGCAGGUGGCGGGUCUGGUGGCCAGCCUGGUGGUGCUGGUCAGCACGCUGUCCAUGGGGCGUCUCCUGGAGCCUCUACCCAGGGCUACGCUGGCCGCGAUCAUCGUGGUGAACCUCAGGGGGAUGUUCUGCCAGUUCGGGGACCUCCCCGUGCUGUGGAGAACCAGCCGCGCCGACUUUGCCAUCUGGCUGGUGUCCUUCGUGGCCGUGGUUCUGUUGGGGCUGGACCUGGGCCUCGCCGCCUCCGUCGCCUUCUCCCUCCUCACGGUCAUCGUGCGCACGCAGAGGCCGCGCUACUCACUGCUGGGAAAGCUGCCGGACUGCGAGACGUACUGUGACAUUGAGAACAACUGCGUGGCUCGGGAGUUGCCCGGCGUGAAGAUCUUCCGGGCGAACGCCGCCCUCUACUUCGCCAACGUCGAGCUCUACGUGCGUGCCCUCGUCAAGAAGACGGGGCUCCUGGAGCAGGCUCGGGCUCCAGACAGGAGGUGCUCCAGGCACAGAGCUCACGGGGCUCCAGGGAACAACAAGGUGGCGCCGGCCACGGGAGACGGGGCCCAGAUGCCGGCGCCCGGUGCCGAGCCGGGGCUGGCGGUGGAGCCGGCGGGGAGGGAGUGCGCGCUCGGGCUGCCGGGGCUGCCGGGGCUGCCGGGGCUGAUGGCGCCGGACACGGAGGACCGCGCGGCUCCCCGGCCCGCCAUCCACUCGCUCAUUCUGGACUUCUCUCCGGUCAACCUGGUGGACACCGUUGCCGUGAAGACCCUCAAGACGGCCAUGGCGGGGCUGGGCGCGAUGGGCCUGGAGGUGUGCAUCGCCGCCUGUCAGGGAGACUGCGUCCUGGAGCAACUCCACUCCUGUGGGUUCUUCACGCCCGGCGUCACGGAGACGGGCACAGCAACGGACCCGGCAGGCGCGGACCCGGGAGGCGCCAGGCUGUUCCCCAGCGUGCACGCGGCUGCCGUCCACUGCCUGCAGCGGGGCCGGAGCGGGGUGCACACGGAGCUGGGGUGAGCUGGGGUGAGCUGGGGUGAGCUGGGGUGAGCUGGGGUGAGCUGGGGUGAGCCGGGGGUGGCGCGGAGGAGCGCGAGAUCCACCCGACGAGCCGCGAGGAGCUGCUGCUGCUGCCUCCUUGCCCGCCAACCCGCCCGGCGCCCCGUUAGCGUAGACUUAGAAAUAAUAAAGGACUGCUUUGAAAAAAAACAAAAAAAACCACGAUGGUCGGUCGAAUCCCAUUUUUUUUGCGUCUCCCUCGAGCAAGAGCACAUCACGUGGGUCGGCGAGCUGCGGUCGUUUUUAUUCGGAUGCUCCAGUGACAAAACUUGCGGCACUCGCAUGGGCCCAGAC